UUUCUGUUUGUGUUGCCCAGUAGUCAGUCAGUCCCCACGCCCUCUUCUCGUCUGUUCAUGCUUUCCACUAAUUUAUACUUUUAUUAUUACUAUUAUUAUUACGUAAUGUUAACAAAAAUCCUUCCUUGGAGUUAUUAUUUAUACAAAAAACCCUAUUUUAUAUUAUCACAUCAAAAACUCACACUUGGAGUUAGUAUUAUUCUUUCAAUUCACAACAAACAAAAAGGGCAAAAGUAUUCACUUGGAACCCCCCAUUCAACUCCUCAUUUUAGUCAACUUUCUUUCUUCCCACUCCUCAGUCCUGCCUCCCCAAACUCUCAAGUCUUGUUCCAAGUUCCUACUAUACUAUACCACACUUACUCUAUACUCUACACUGGAGUCCUCCUGCUCCUGCUGCUCUUGCUUAUACUAUUAUAUGUGAACAAAGGCAGACCAACAGUGAUGGGCUGCUUUCAGUCCAAAACCACCCAUCUUCCAUCCCCUGAUCAAGAUCCUCCUCCUCAAACCAAGCCAGAUCUAGAUGGGGACGGGGAGCAGUCGUCAUUGCCCGCAUUCAAGGAGUUCGGUCUGGUGGAGCUGCGGGCGGCGACCAACGGAUUCAGCAGUGAGCUGAUAGUUUCAGAGAGCGGAGAGAAGGCUCCGAAUGUGGUGUACAGAGGGAAGCUGAAGAACAAUCGAGUGGUGGCCAUUAAGCGAUUCUCGAGGCAGUCAUGGCCUGAUCCUCACCAGUUCGUUAACGAAGCUGCUGGGGUUGGAAAAGUCCGCCACAAAAGAUUGGUCAAUUUGAUUGGCUGUUGCGCCGAGGGAGACGAGCGCUUGUUGGUCGCUGAGUAUAUGCCUAAUGAUACCCUCUCUAAGCAUCUUUUCCACUGGGAGAAACAGCCUUUGCCAUGGGAAAUGCGCCUCAGAGUUGCGUACCAUAUUGCACAAGCCCUUGAUCACUGCAACGCUGAAAACCGUAAAAUUUAUCACGAUUUAAAUGCUUACAGAGUUCUUUUCGAUGAGGAUGGUGAUCCUCGAUUAUCUAGUUUUGGAUUGAUGAAAAAUAGCCGAGAUGGAAAAAGUUACAGUACUAAUUUGGCUUAUACUCCUCCGGAGUUUUUGAGGACAGGCAGGGUCAUCCCUGAGAGUGUUAUUUACAGUUAUGGAACUGUUCUCUUGGAUCUCUUAAGUGGAAAGCAUAUUCCUCCCAGCCAUGCAUUGGACUUGAUAAGAGGAAAGAAUUUAUUGUUGUUAAUGGAUUCUUCUCUGGAAGGUCAAUAUGCUAAUGAAGAUGCCAGCGAAUUGGUUGAAUUGGCUUCAAAAUGUCUUCAGUACGAGGCUAGAGAUCGACCUGAUAUUGAAUUCCUCCUUUCAGCAGUGGUACCUCUUCAAAAGCAGAAAGAGGUUGCAUCACAUGUUCUAAUGGGUCUAUCAAGAACCCCAUCACUGUUGCCAACUAUGCUUUCUGCACUUGGAAAGGCAUGUGCCAGGAUGGAUCUUACUGCAGUGCAUGAUAUCUUGCUUAAAACUGGUUAUAGAGAUGAAGAAGGUGCAGAAAAUGAGCUGUCAUUCCAAGAGUGGACGCAACAGGUUCAAGAUAUGCUGAAUACAAAGAAAUUUGGGGAUAUUGCAUUUAGAGACAAAGAUUUUAAAAAUGCUAUUGAUUACUACUCGAAGUUGGUAUCGAUGAUGUCUGUUCCUUCUGGUACUGUAUUUGUGAGAAGAGCCCUCUCAUUCUUGAUGAUUGGUCAACCAGAAUUUGCCUUGAGAGAUGCCAUGCAGGCUCAGGUGUGCUUGCCCGAAUGGCCCACUGCCUUCUACAUGCAAGCUCUUGCCCUCUCCAAGCUUGGAAUGGAAACUGAUGCGCAAGACAUGCUUAAUGAUGGAGCCUCAUUUGAGGCAAAGAAGCAGAAUGGCUGGCGUGUCUAAGCAGCAAUGUUUUAAGCUUUUAGGUGGUAAUUCUUUCUGGAUUCUUUUCCCCAUGCAUAUCGUCGAGCUGCUGAGAGCUUGGAAGAAGAUGGUAGCAGAAAGGAAGUCUGUGUGUGAGGACUAUUUUGAGUCGAGUUGUUUUAUUAUGUUAAAGAAUAGUUUGACGUAGAGAAAUGUAUAAAGGAUACUAGACAUGAAGAAACAAUUAGAGUAGUAACUGACCAAUGAAUUUGAUACUGGUGGUGCUGGUUUUUUGGUACAACUUUUCGUAUGAGCUAUUGUCAUUAUGAAUCGAAGGGUGGGUACGGUGUAUGAAGAGGGAGGACAUGAGAGUGAGGUUGGGCGGUUGAGAUUUAACAUCAGAUGGUGCACAACGUUAUUGGGAGAUUAAAAGAGAAAAUUGAAUGGACGUGUCAAAUUAGGAUGAUGUUAUGAUUAUUUCAUUUAUCAUGGUGGUUUAACAGAGCCAGCCAGCAUAUAUAAAAAAGAGAAGCAACUUUAUUUUAAUUCAUGGGGUUGGCAUUAGCGAAGAAAGCGUUGUUAUGUUAAACCCAAAAAAGAGAAAGAAAGCAUUGGGUCUAUAGUUUAUACUUCAUACAUUCUUGCAUUGCAAAUCGGAGGAAAAGACCAGUAUUUUUUGUUAGGACAGAAAGAUGAUUGAAGCACGACGUUCCCAAGGAGUAUAAAAACAGUGGCAGUAAGUAGUAACUGAUAACUUCCGAGAAAAGCCAAAGAUUAACUCCGUAGAGAUGGCAGCGUUGUGCUAUUUAGACACCCCUGCUGGGAUGAAAAAACAGACAGAGAAGUAAACAAUUUUUACUGUUGUUAUAAGGAAAGGAAAAUAAAAAGGACAGGGAGAGUCAUAGGCAAUAGCCAUUCGGACGGCAGAAGCGGACAAGGAAGAAAAUAGCUAAUACAGGCAACAGAAAAGAUGGUAUAUUCCUUAUUCUAAUCAGCCCAUAACCAAGUUUUACGAAACAUUGUUAUAAAGAGUACUAAGAAACGAUACGAACCAGGCGGUUUAACUAACAGGGAAGCAAGAUGUGUGACUGAGAGGGCUUUGUUAAGAUAUGCUGCCGCUGCAUUUUCUAAGAACCUUGUGCUGCUGCUGUUCACUGCUUCUUUAGAUUUAUUUGCAGGAUAGUUUUUCCCACUACUUUCUCUGAUGAAACUUCGACAAAUUCUCAAAGUAACAUUGAUUUUCAUUUCAUGGAUAAUAAGACACCGAGGAGAGAGGGACAAGGGGAAGUGACACGGGAGUCACUCAUUGCUAUCUCCUCCUCUGUACCGGACAAGGGUGUUGUUUCUAAACUCUCAUCAGAUAAUUUGAAAUGUGAGAAGCUGGAUGAAGGAAUAGAUUGUGAUGGAGCCGAAGAAUACAGGUCUGCGCUAAUCUCCAUAUCCUAUUCCCAGUCACCUGACAGUGAGAGCUUACCAUCUACACUGAACGGACCGAAGAAUUAGACUUGAUGGUGAAAAUUCGUCUCCUCUUACCUUUUUUUUUUUUUUUUCUCUUUUUCCCUUCUUGAGAGACUUGGGGAGGAGUUUUCUGAACCUCGUAAAUGGGUGCAUGUAAUGUAUCGUUCAAUCAUCGUCUGUUAUGAUCUAGAACUACUGUCAUUCUGUGUGUGUGGACUUGUAAAUAAUAUUGGUGAAACUGCGGAUGUAUCUGUUGAACUCAAUUGUUUGCCAUAUGAACCUCAUAGACUUUGCAGUCAAAGCAUGCUUUCUUCAUGCGUCUUUUUCAUCA